AACACGCUUUUACCGCUGACAAGAAGCUAGUCGCUGUGGAAGCUCGUCACUUCCUGCAGUUUAUUUUCAACAUGGAGUCGACAGGUUUGAAGAUGAGUUUCUGGGAGAACGGACCAAAGCCCGGCCAGUUUUACUCUUUCCCCGGCGGCAGCAGCAGCGGGACAUCAUGCGGACCGGUCAGACACACACUUAACCCCAUGGUAACCGGGACGUCCGUGCUCGGCGUGAAGUUCACUGGCGGCGUCAUCAUCGCGGCGGACAUGUUGGGCUCGUACGGCUCUCUGGCUCGCUUCAGGAACAUCUCCCGCCUCAUGAAGGUCAACGGCAGCACCAUCCUGGGAGCCUCCGGAGACUACGCCGACUACCAGCAUCUCAAGCAGAUCAUCGAGCAGAUGGUCAUCGACGAGGAGCUGCUGGGGGACGGACACAGCUACAGCCCCAAGGCGGUGCACUCGUGGCUGACCCGCGUCAUGUACAACCGUCGCAGCAAGAUGAAUCCCCUCUGGAACACGGUGGUGAUCGGGGGCUUCUACAACGGAGAGAGUUUCCUAGGUUACGUGGACAAGUUGGGCGUGGCCUAUGAGGCGCCCACUGUGGCCACGGGCUUCGGAGCGUACCUGGCUCAGCCCCUGAUGAGGGAGGUGGUGGAGAACAAGGCAGAGAUCACUAAGCAGGAGGCGCGGGAGCUGGUGGAGCGCUGCCUCAAAGUGCUCUACUACAGAGACGCUCGCUCAUACAACAGGCACGAGAUCGCCAUAGUAACAGAAGAGGGCGUGGAGAUCAUUGGUCCUCUGUCUUCUGAAACCAACUGGGACAUCGCUCACAUGGUCAGCGGCUUUGAAUGAAGACGAGCUGCGACCGCUGAAGCCUCGCUGCAUCAGAACAACGGCAACUUAUCUCACCAGUCUAGUCUUCUCCUCAUGGUCAUUCUAACUUUUGUAUAAUGGAAAAUAAAUAUGAUAAAUCAAUGUG